GGUUUUCCUUCAAACCUCCCGGCACACGGUCACGUUAUUCCCUUUCCGGACCCUCGCUUCCUGCCGAGACGUUCCUCGACCGGGAACGUAGAGAGUAUCGACAGCUCAUGGUUCCGCCGCGGAAAUGGCCUCGUCUGGUCGCCUAGCUAUAAAUGACAAAUGAGCUGCUAUCUGCUGGAGUCGACCGAGAGAAGAUAGCCCUGUCUGGGUCACCGCCCGGGCGUACUCGGGAGUCUGUUAAGGUAACCUGAGGAGUGACGAGGCAGAAAAACGAUGCCGCAUUUCCUAUGGCCAGAGCCGCUGUCGCCCGCACAACUAAAGCGGCUGGAGGAGCAUAAAUACAGCGCCUCCGGCCGGUCCCUCUUCGAGCCACCGUGUCAGAUCUACUGGAACUGGCUCGUCCAGCAAAUUCCGACAUGGAUCGCACCAAACACGCUGACUAUUGUAGGACUGCUGGUCAAUAUCCUCACAACGGUGGUGCUUGUGUAUUAUUGUCCCACAGCAACAGAGGAGGCUCCAUCUUGGGCCUUCAUCCUGAGUGCUCUCGGCCUGUUCAUCUACCAGUCUCUGGACGCUAUUGACGGGAAACAGGCCCGGAGGACAAACAGCAGCUCAGCACUCGGGGAGCUCUUUGACCACGGCUGCGAUGCUGUCUCCACAGUGUUUGUUGCUGUUGGAACAUGCAUCUCGUGCGGAAUCGGAUGGUACUCAAACUGGAUGUUCUUCUGUGGUUUCAUUGGGAUGUUCAUGUUCUUCUGCGCCCACUGGCAGACCUACGUGUCCGGGACUCUCCGCUUUGGCCUGGUUGACGUCACAGAGGUGCAAGUCGCCAUCAUGUCCAUGUAUUUGAUGUCGGCUUUCGGAGGCGUGAGCGUUUGGCAAAGCACGUUGCCCGUCAUUGGACUGAAGCUGUACAGCUUCCCCAUCGUGGGCAUCAUCGGGGGGGCCCUCUACUCCUGCUACAACUACUUCUACGUCAUUUUGAAUGGAGGUGUUGGCAAAAACGGCUCCACCGUGGCUGACACCAGCGUGCUGAGUCCUGGUUUGCACAUCGGCCUCAUCCUCACCCUGGCCUUCAUCAUUUUCAAGAAGUCGUCCAGCCACCUGUUUGAGCACCACCCCUGUCUCUACCUGCUCACCUUUGGCAUGGUCAUCUCCAAGAUCUCCAACAAACUGGUGAUAGCGCACAUGACCAAGAGUGAGUUGAACCUCCCGGACACAGCCUUCAUAGGCCCCGGCCUCCUCUUCCUCAACCAGUACUUCAACAGCUUCAUAGACGAGCACAUAGUCCUCUGGAUCGCCAUGGUCUUCUCUCUUCUGGAUCUAACACGCUACUGUACGGGUGUGUGCCUCCAGAUAGCCUCCCACCUGCGCAUCCAAGUCUUCAGCAUCACGCCGCCGAGCAACACCCACCACGACUGACGGCUUGCCCGGCGGGAGGAGGCGGGGGGAGACGCGGACCUCUCCCCGCUUCUGAAAGCAGACAAGGACCACGACGACGAGGAGAGACCCUCGACCCUGAGCCGCUGCAGCCUUGACAAAGUCACAACCUCUGAUUGAAAACUGCCUCUCCUACCAGAUGGAAAAAUAACACCAAAUCGACACUACAAACCAAAAUAGAAAAAGUUUGAAAAGCAGGGAUAUAUUGAAUUGAAAAUUGGCUGGAACCAGAGUUUCCCUUGAAUUCAUUUUAAUUUAAACAUAAUUGCAUGUUGUCAGAAAAUAAAGUAUAGAUUUUUACAUUAAAA